UAAUAUAAUAUAGCGCUGUUUUAAGGUUUGGACGCGUGCCCGACGCGCCGCGACGCCUCUGAGUUCUCAGCGCAUGUGAGUGGGAUCUGCGGAGGCUCCCCCCUCGCGCACUGGACGCUCGCCUCGCGCGCAGGCUUUGGCGUGGAGCUCGCGCAGGACUGGCUGUGCUCAGCGCCACUUCCGGCUUCCGUCAUUUCAUUCUCCCGCCGAUGCGCGCGGCUCAACUCUCUGCGUUCUAUAAGCGAGCGAGCGGCCGAGCUGCCAGCACUCACUGACACUCACUCAUCUCAGACCGCGCUCUCCACAAACUCUCCUCUUUCCCUGUUUACUGUAGUCAUAAAACAAGAAAGCGGACCGGAGGCAUAAAGGAGACAGGGACUUGUGGGAUGAAAACGGGGCUAAAAAGAUUCCUCCUCUCUUGAACAUCAUCUCCAGCCAUCAUUCAUUCAUUACCGUGACAACCUCCGGCUUUGAUUGACAGCUGGAGUGGCAAAAAGCCAUGCGACGCGACAGUUUAGUUACACGCAGGUUGUUGAUGGGCCGGCUGUAACCUUCAGUUUGGUGCUCGACUUUUUUUCUUUUCUUUUCUGGGGGGCAAAGAGGAAAAGAAGAAGAAUUGCACAACUCUUCCUGAUGCCUGCGCUCCUUCUCAGCCCUAGUUCUGGAGAAUAGGAGAAUUCGGCAAGUUGCUUGAAAAGGGGGAUCUUUCGCGGCGCGUGAGUUUGUGAGCGGACUGGGAAAUUCAAUCUACGACACAGAUCCAGAGGUUUAUUGGAGCGCAGGCUGAUGGCGCAAAGGUACGAUGAGUUGGCUCAUUACGGCGGCAUGGACGCGGUCGGUAUGUACGGGGAUCCUCACGCGCCUCGGCCGCUGCCGCAGGUCCAUCAUCUGAACCACGGACCGCCGCUCCACGCCAGCCAGCACUACGGCACACAUGCCCCCCAUCCCAAUGUCAUGCCCACCGGCAUGGGCUCAGCUGUCAACGACGUGUUAAAGAGGGAUAAAGAUCAGAUUUACGGGCAUCCUCUGUUUCCUCUGCUGGCUCUGGUCUUCGAGAAGUGUGAGCUGGCCACAUGCACUCCCCGAGAGCCCGGGGUUGCUGGAGGAGACGUGUGCUCCUCAGACUCCUUCAACGAGGACAUCGCUGUCUUCGCCAAACAGAUCCGCGCCGAAAAACCUUUAUUUUCUUCAAAUCCAGAACUGGAUAAUUUGAUGAUACAAGCCAUACAAGUAUUACGGUUUCAUCUUUUGGAGUUAGAAAAGGUGCACGAGCUCUGCGACAAUUUCUGCCAUCGGUACAUCAGCUGCUUGAAGGGGAAAAUGCCCAUAGAUUUAGUGAUCGAUGACCGGGAUGGCAACUCAAAAUCAGACCACGAGGACAUCUCGGGAUCUUCAACUAACUUAGCCGAUCAUAUGGGGAAAACGGACGGAUGGUUCCGCACUGGCCGUCUCAAGAACCCAGCGUCCUGGAGAGAUCACGAUGAUGCCACGUCCACACACUCGGCCGGCACGCCGGGACCCUCCAGCGGAGGACACGCGUCACAGAGCGGAGACAACAGCAGCGAACAAGGUGAGUCCUGUGCUGUACCUGUGCUUUCAUCAUGCUACUGAACCAUAUCAGGUGUGAUGUAAACACUG